AACAAAGUUUGGUCUCGGUAGAGAAAGAGACCCUCCGAUACCGGAGUCCUCUUAUCAAAGCGCUCACACACAUACGGUAGAUUGGAAACCUCUUUUUGGUGUAGAGUUGGGGAACAAGCGCAAGUCAGCAUGCUUGAGACGGGAGAAUGCAUGGGCGCAACUCAGCGAGGUCGCCUCUGACUCUCAUUGCCCUGAAGCGGAUUCUCAGGUAGACAUACACAAACAUGCUCCGACUUCCUCCAACUGGGUGGAUUGGAGCGUCGUUGCCAAGUCCACACCAAACCGCACCGGCUACUCCUGGAAAACAUUAGAGAGACAACGACGAAUGCCGAGUAGCUAGUGUUGAGGAUCUGGGAGGAGUGGGAUCGCCAGGAACUCAUUGGUGAAGGUUGAAUGAAUAGAAGUGUCGAGUUCUGGCGAUCAUGCCGAUUGGCUAACAGCUGAAAUUCAAAGCCCAAAUGACUCAAGAUCGAGGCUUGGUCGAAAAAAGUCAAUACGGAAAGGCUCUCUCCAAAUUAACAUGACGAUUGAGAAGAUCACAUUGAAGUGGUGGGAGAAUGAUUCACUACCAACAAUGACAAUGGCGUCAUCUUUCUCCCGAAUUUGUUCUGAUGACAUUGACUCAAUCUUCAAGAAGUUCCCUUGUUCAAGAUGAGUUUCAAGUUGCUUCUCAAAUUCGAGUGUCUGGUGAGAAUUUUCACAUAAGGCUGGCUCAUCAAGGCGUUAGUUUCAUCAAGCAUUACCAGGAUUUGGCAAGGCGAUAGAGUGAUGAACUGUGGGACGCCAUCACACUCGGAUCUAGUCAUUAUUCAAGAACAUAAACAGAGCCAAGUGUUGCAUGGCCAGUGGUGUUUCAGCAAUCUCACAUUCAUCAAACUCUAACUAAAUCAGGUGUGAAAGCUCAAAUCGGGCCCCUCGAUUGAGGGGAUUAAAUUUUAGCAAAUCUAAUUGGAGGAGGGUUGCCUCGCCAUUUUACAACAAGGUUAUCCUCACGACUGAUAUGCUGCAGUAGAUGUAGAUCCCACUGUGAGCGUGUCAGAGCUAUAAAAUUAAACGGUCACACGGCUCCAUAGAAAGGGAAAUCGACUCAUUUUUAUGAGCACUCUCAAAGUAUUCGCCACUUCAUUUGCUUGACACGAGUCUCGGUAGUUGGGUCGAGAGAUCUUGCUUGACCUUCAAGCCCAAGUGUCAUUAUUCCCUCGAAUUGAUCCUUCAAAAAAGAAAUAUGGAGGAAUUGGCAGCUGGGGUGGACAUGCCUCUCACCGGCAAACCCGUCAUUGUCGACAGAUCUGAAGUGUCCUCGCCACUUUCACGCAAACGACAGGUUCUGGCAACUAUAUUUGCAACCAUGGGAUGCUUCAUGAACGGAGGAGUGAUUGGAUACUCAGGUCCCGCCAAUCCAAGUAUUAUGAAUCCGUUGAGUACGGAUAUGUACGGCAACUCAUUUUAUGUCGACCUCCAGGAAGUCUCGUGGAUAACUGGAGUUCUGAGUAUCGGUUCAUUCAUCGGAGGUCUCAUCGGUGGUCCCUUUAUGGAGCGAAUUGGUCGACGGCGAAUGAUGAUGCUCCCUACGGCCUUGUCUUUUUUACUGGGUUACGUGAUCAUAGCACUCGCUAACAACAAGUACUUAGUCUACACCGGCAGAGUCAUCAACGGCAUUGGGUUGGGAUUCGAACUGUCCACUGUGACCGUGUACAUCAUGGAAAUCGCCACCACAGAUAUGAGAGGUUUCCUUGGAUGACUGGUUCAAUGCAUGGGUUCGGCGGGAAUCAUGUUCACAUUUUGCGCUGGAGCCGUUCUCGAUUGGAAAUGGCUAGCGGUGGCCAAUGGGAUUUGGGGCAUCCUGUUCAUGAUUGGGAUGUAUUUUGCACCCGAGAGUCCCCGAUGGCUGCUACUUAAAGGUCGAGAAUACUCGGCCAAACGAAGCCUGGAAUGGCUUCGAGGACGCGACGAUUCCAAGGCUAUUGACGCCGAAAUCGAGAAGACCAAAAAGGACAUUGCCAUCAAAAAGACGCAACGAGUCUCAAUCAGCCAACUCUCGAGCGUAUGGAAGCCGUUCAUAGUGGCGUUGGUGAUGAUGAGCAUCGUCCAACUGUCCGGGUUCAACGUUCUGGUCUACUACACCGUCAACAUCUUCCAGAUGGCCAACAGCACGGUGGAUCCCAAAAUUGCUUCCAUUAUUGUGGGAAUCACGCUCCUGGUUUCGUGUAUUCUCGCAAUCCUCAUCGUGUCCAAAUUGAAUCGCAAGUUAAUGUUGAGCGUGUCCAUCUUUUUCAUGGGUGUGAGCCAAGCGGUUUUGGGAUAUUGCAUGUACCACAAGGAACAACUCGAUGCCCAAAUUCACGAGCGGCUAAUUCGGGAAAAUAUUACCGAUCUACAGGCCUUCUCAGUGAAUAAGACAGAAGCGGAAAUCCUGGAAUACUCACCCCAAUCCCCGGAUUGGUUGGGCUGGCUCCCACUCGUGGCAGUCAUCAGUUUCCUCUUCUUCGGCAAUGGAGGCUAUGGAACCCUCAUCUGGGUGGUCACGGCCGAACUUUUGCCGGCCAAGGUGCGGAGUGUCGCCAAUAGUAUCAUCAUUUGCUUGGGUUUCCUCGGCGGCUUUGUCGUGGCCAAGACAUUUGUGGACUUAAUCGAGGCC